AUGAAAUUUCAUCUCGCAUACUUAUAAUUGCAGAAGAAAUAUCUUUUAAUGAAUCAACACCCAAAUUCCAAUUCUGAUCUAGUCAAAGAUGAAACCUGGCCGGAUCCAGUCUAGAAUCAAAAGCCUGAAGCUGAUUCCUCAAUGUUAUCGUUUCAAAGUUUGGAAAAACAAGAAAGCAGACUAUUGCACAGAAGAUUCUUUUGUCAACCAUGGCUUACGACUGUCAUUAUCCAUUCGUCAGCCAUGGUUAGAUCUCUUUUUCCCGGCGCCCAUAUAGCGUCGACAUGAAGUUUUUUCCAGGCAAUUUCAAAAGUGAAAAAGGGAAAGAUCUUCAAUUAGUUUGCCCAGCCUCCACCCAAGUUCUUUCUUUUUCCUUGUAGCUAUGGCGCAUAAAACCUUAGAGAUCAACGUCAUCUCUGCAACAGACCUAAAAAAUGUCAAUCUCAUCGAUAAAAUGGACGUGUAUGCCGUCGUGUCCCUCAAGGGUGAUUCAUGGAAGCACAGGCAGAAGAUGAAAACCCCUGUAGACAAAGAUUGUGGGAAAAACCCAACCUGGAAUUUCCCUGUCAAGUUCACCAUGGACGAGUCCUUGGCCAAGAACAACGAGCCGAACCUCAAGUUCCGGAUCAAGUGCGAGCGUACCCUUGGAGACAAAGAACUUGGUCAAGUCAACAUUCCAGUUAAGGAGCUCCUGGAUUCACCAGGUGAAGGUAGUUCCAUCAAGUUCGUUAGAUACCAGGUAACGAAUCCGUCAGGAAGACCUGAAGGUACCCUGAAUUUUUCUUACAAGAUUGGAGACAAAGUUUCUAAGCCUGUCAAGUCAGAAAAAAGCAAGGGUGAUCAGCCCGUUGCUGCAUAUCCGACACACAUGGCGGCCGGGUCCAGUUCAGCCCCAUAUGGUGUGCCUGUACCUUAUCUUCCACCACAGACAGCUGGCUAUGGAUAUCCACCGCCUCCUGUAGCAGCGGCGUAUGGCGGAUACGCUUAUGGUGGAUACCCACAAAAGGCACCACCUCCACCAGGCUAUGGCUACCCACCUCCACGUCCACCUCCAGGUUAUGUUUACCCUCCACCAGGGGGAUAUGGGUACCCAGCAAUGCAACAGCCACCAAAGAAGAAUAGCAAGUUUGGAUUGGGAUUGGGAGUAGGGUUGCUUGGAGGGGCGAUUGGUGCGAUGUUGAUUUGA